AUGGCUGUCCUGCGCUCCUCGGCCUACCAUUUCUCCAGACCCGUGAAACCGUCGUGGAAGAUCAUCACCAUCACCAGAACCUCCGUCAUGUUUUUCACCACCUCAAUCACCAUAGCCAUCCUCUUCGUCUGCUCACUAAAUUACACCUUCAAAACCCUCUUCUUAUUCCGCCCAAAACCACCCACCGUCAGACUCAACUCCCUCUCUCUUCCGUAUUUCGCCACCACGCCCACCAACCUCGGCGCCAUCUGGAUUGCCAACUUCACCAUCUGCAACCCAAAUGCAGCCGUGGAACUCGCCAUGCACCGCGUCGAAUCCUCCGUCUUCUACAGAAAAGAUUCCGCUCUCUGCGUGACGACCGCCGUGGAUGACGACCGUCUCAUGCUGGAUUUCAAGGAGGAGAGGCUGAUGUACAUGAAGUUCGCGACGACGGGGCGGGAGGAUGACCGGCAGCCCAUCGUGGAGUACUCGCUGUUGAGGGAGGUGGAGGAGGAGGUGAGGAGCGGAACGGUGCGGUUUGACGUGAGGAUGAGUAUAUACGGGGUGUAUAAAUCUGGAUGGUACUGGUCAAAACGUGCGGUGAUCAUAACACUCGACUGCAUGGAUUUGGAUAUUGCUAGUGUAGGAGAAUUAAUUGAUGGGAUUGGGGGUGGCCCACGGGAUUGCCCUGCUGAUCUACUGAUGAUUUAUGAUGAUCAUCAUGCAUGA